AUGGCAUCUACAUUAGCGGAAUUUGAACAAAACUGGCUGAUCCAUAAAACAGAUUUAGAUGGUAACCCAUUGGCAGAAUCUAUUGGCAGAAGAAGAAAGCGUGGUGAAGCAUCGGUACAAGAAGUUAUAAAUUUGGUGCGCACUGAUGGACUCAAGCUGCGCCCAGGCACUACUAUUUUCUGCAAAGAUGAGGGAACAAACGAAGUGUCUGCCUAUAUGAUACACGAAAUUAGGUUAAACACGAGCAACUAUGUGGAAUUAUGGUGUUUUAAUUAUCUUAGCUGGUUUGAAUUGAAGGCAGUAGAGUAUUUCAAACAACUUAAUCCGGACUUCUACGAACGCAACAAAGAAAAGGGCGACAAGUUCUUUGAAGAAGAGCUCGCGUCAAAGGUAGUUAAAAACGAGCUGUACUUGACGGCAGAGCUUUCUGAAAUAUAUUUACGUGAUAUUGAGUUCGUUGCAAAAAUGCUCAGUGAGGAAGAAUUCUACAAGUCCUCAAAAGAGCAGAAACAAGAUCCACAUGCAUAUCUUUGUAGAUACGGAUGUUUACCCUCGGGAACCAACCUAGCGCGUUUAGAUAUUCAUUCGUGCGAAAAAAGUGUUCUUGAAAUGCCUCCAAAAGUUUCAUUAAGCUACCUUCGUGAUAUUACGGUACCAAAGACUGGAAAAUCAAAUGGUAAAAGCAAAUCAAAUUCCCAAUCGCAAUCUCAGUCUCCUUCCAAGCAGGGUAGCAAUGCUAAUGCAAGCGACAGGAGUAUAAGUCAAUCACACAAUCAAUAUCCUUCCAAGUUAAACGACCCAGAUUCAGCAUAUAGUGAUGUUUCUAGUGACAAUGAAGCAUCUGAUAACUAUCAAUCUGCGGAAGAAGAGCUUGAAGAUUCGCAAGACGACGAAAACGAUAAACCUGCUGAAAAUAAAAGAAGAAAAACGUCACAAAGUAUAAUAGCACCACCUGAAUCUCCAACAAAGCAUCAAAUAAUAACACAGACAACUUCAUCUUCAUCAGCCUACUCUUCACCCAGGAAGUACUUCAAGAAUAAUACAGUUCGUGCUAAAAAGGCAUACACCCCGUUUUCCAAGCGUUACACCAAUCCUAACGAUAUUCCAGACCUCAAUAAUAUUUUCCAACAGGACAAUAAUGAUUUGGACAUAGCUGCUUUAGAAGACAAAUUCAGAACCGUUUCAGCAAAGGGUAAGAUUGAGACCAUCUUUUCAAAAGUAAAAAAACAGCUAAACUCUAGAAAUAGCAAAGAAGAGAUUCUGAAGGCUGCAGACUUUGAAAACUAUCUUCCAGCUAGAGAAAAUGAAUUUGCUAGCAUAUAUUUGUCACUUUACAGUGCCAUCGAAGCAGGAACCAGUACCAGUAUAUACAUAGCUGGAACACCUGGCGUCGGCAAAACUCUUACAGUACGAGAGGUAGUCAAAGAUUUGAUUACAUCUGCUGGACAAAAAGAGCUUCCAAAGUUCCAAUACAUCGAAAUAAAUGGCUUAAAAAUAGUGAAGGCUAGCGAUAGUUACGAAGUGUUUUGGCAAAAGAUAUCUGGAGAAAAACUUACGUCUGGUGCUGCAAUGGAAUCUCUCGAGUUCUACUUCAACAAAGUGCCCGCCACAAAAAAGCGCCCCAUUGUGGUUCUAUUAGAUGAACUAGAUGCCUUAGUUACCAAAAGUCAAGACGUGAUGUACAACUUCUUCAAUUGGGCAACAUCACCUAACGCUAAGCUCAUCGUAGUUGCAGUUGCCAACACUUUAGAUCUUCCUGAACGUCAUUUAGGGAAUAAAAUAUCUUCAAGAAUUGGAUUUACUAGAAUUAUGUUCAGUGGCUAUACUCAUGAAGAACUCAAAACGAUUAUAAACUUGAGACUCAGUCAUUUGAACGAAUCCAGUUUCUAUGUCGAUCCUAAGAAUGGAAACUCUUAUAUGAUAACUCCAGACGAUGAGAGAGAGCAAGCAAUUGAUACUAAUUCUGAAAAAGAAAACAAACCCGACUUUACCAACUUCAAGAGGGUAAAGCUUAGAAUCAAUUCUGAUGCCAUUGAGAUUGCAUCCAGAAAAAUUGCCAGUGUGAGUGGUGAUGUUCGUAGAGCUUUAAAAGUGAUCAAAAGGGCAGUAGAGUAUGCUGAAAACGAUUAUAUGCAGAAGCACCAAGAAUCUCAGUCGGCGAAGUCGAACAGCGCAGUAAACGAUACUUAUGAAGAGAUUCAAACAGUGGAAAUCAAACAUGUCACUAAGGCAUUAAAUGAAAGUUCAUCAUCCGCAGAACAACAAUUCAUUUCGAAUCUGUCGUUUAGCGGCAAGCUUUUCCUCUAUGCAUUAGUAAAUUUAAUCAAGAAGAAGCAGGGUGAAAUUCAACUGGGCGAUAUUGUUGACGAAAUGAAAUUGUUAAUCGAUGUUAAUGGUAAUAGCAAGUACAUUCUGGAAUUGAAACGGAUUCUAUUCCAAAAUGAUUCUGUAGACACAAAAGAGCAACUAAGAGUUAUUUCCUGGGAUUAUAUUCUCAUGCAACUGAUGGAUGCUGGGAUCGUUGUAAGACAAUACUUGAAAAAUGAAAGAUUAUCCAGCAUAAAGUUAAACAUUUCCAUGGAAGAUGUCGAACAAUGCUUGAAAAAUGACGAAGUCUUGAAGAGCUUCUGA